AUGGUGGUGGUGAUGACACGAUUCCAGCGUGGUGAGAUUCCAACGGCUGUAGCAGUGGGUUUUGUGAGGAAGCCGUCAUUGGCGGGGUUUGACCGUUUGAGUGCUAAGGUUGGUGUAGUACUGGGAAAAGUGUCAGAAUCAGAUGUUAAGGAUGACUUUAAAGUGAAGUUUCUUUAUUAUGUCUAUAUGCCAUCUGAUGAUAUGCAAUCUGUAGUAUUGAAAAGGAAGUCGUGGGAAGAUUUGCCACCAAUGCCGAGUCCACAAAUGGAUUGCUUAGGGCUAUCGUAUAAAGGCAAACUUUAUAUCUUGAGCGAUCAGGUAGGCCUGCCUGACCAGACAACUUCUGAAGUUUUUAAUCCAUCAGACAGAACAUGGUGCACAGUUGAUGACAUCUGGCCUUUCUCAAGGGCAAUGCAUCUUGCAGUUCAGGUGAUUGGGGAUGAUCAGGUAUACACAGUUGUAGAUUUGGGUGAGAGCUCCAUAAAAACCAGGGACACUGAAAAUGGAGAGUGGCGCCAUGUAGGUUCAGUUCCUUCGGUGGUUCUUCCCAACCAUCCCCGGCCAUUGGAGUCAUUCGGCCAUGGUUUUGCUGCACUAAGAGGAGAAUUGUAUAUUUUUGGAGGAAAGGUGCUCAAGUGGGACCCAUCAGGGACUGGGAGGUUUGAAAUUGUGAAGUUGGGUUUAGUUAGGGUUUGUGACCCCUCUUUCACACCGUUGAAAUGGAAGGAGACUAGACCUAUGUGUAGUUCUGCUCAUGGCUCCAUCAUAGGAUGUGGAUCUUUGGAAGAAGAAUCUCAUCCGUGA